AUGCAGCCUGCCCAAUGUUGCAGCCAUAAACGGAUAACCGCGGACUGUUUAAUAGAUUAUACCCGAACUCGACAACUCACCAUGGCUCGACGGCCGCACACAACACUGUUGAUGAUAACAGGUCUGCUAAUAUUUUUUACACUGCUCUUGAUUUCGAACUAUCGGAAAGUGCGACCUGAAAGUUCGCCUUUAGACCAAGUGUCUACGGCUCAUGUUGAUGACCACGUCCUUCACGGAGAGGCAACUGCAGCGAAGCUUGAAAAUUCGACAUUAAAGGCAGAGCUAGGUCGCUCAGCAUGGAUGCUAUUGCACACUAUGAUGGCAAAGUUUCCUGACAAGCCGACUCCAGAGGAUAGCGAAGCUUUAACCUCCUACAUUCACCUCUUUGCACGCCUCUAUCCCUGUGGUGAUUGUGCGCGUCAUUUCCAGCAAAUACUCAAGCAGUAUCCGCCACAGGUUGCAUCUAGGUCUACAGCGGCCGUCUGGGCAUGCCAUGUUCACAAUCAGGUCAAUAAAAGAUUAAAAAAAGAAUUAUUUGAAUGCUCAAAGAUUGGAGACUUUUACGAUUGUGGCUGCGCAGAUGCUAGCCCAUCGGCAAAGAACCAGAGUCAGGUAGGACAUUAA